AAAAAGUCAAAGUCCUAUUUGAGUAACAGGUAUUCUAAGUGUUUUGCAGCGAGUCAACCCCGAACCCCUCGCUAGCAGUUAGCAUGUAGCAGCUCGGCUAGCAGGCUAGGCUCGGCUCGGCUAGCGGCGUGUAAUUGGUUGACGUGCGCCGGUCGGGUCGGCUCGUCUAUCAACAUUCGGGUGCUGUUGGGACGGAACACACUCCCCAGCCAGCCAGCGAGCAGGCGACGCGGACUCGGCGAACACGGAUCGGAGGCGUCGUUGUGCGUCUCAUCCCGCGAGUGAAGAUGAUUAAGCUCUUUUCCCUCAAGCAGAAGAAAGACGAGGAAUCUGCUGGAGGAAACCGAACCGGAGCCGGCGGUAAAAAAGCCAGCGCGGCCCAACUACGAAUACAGAAAGACAUCAAUGAGUUGAACCUGCCGAAGACAUGUGAGAUCAACUUCCCUGAUGACGAUGACCUCCUCAACUUCAGACUCAUCAUCUCACCCGAUGAGGGUUUUUACAAAGGAGGAAAAUUUGUCUUCGGUUUUAAGGUAGGACAGGGUUACCCUCAUGACCCCCCAAAGGUGAAGUGUGAAACAAUGGUGUACCACCCCAACAUCGACCUGGAAGGAAACGUCUGCCUCAACAUCUUAAGGGAGGACUGGAAGCCUGUGCUGACAAUAAACUCCAUCAUCUACGGCCUACAGUAUCUUUUUCUAGAGCCCAACCCCGAGGACCCCCUGAACAAGGAGGCGGCUGAGGUCCUGCAGACGAACCGCCGCCUGUUUGAGCAAAACGUCCAUCGCACGCUGCGUGGCGGCUACAUAGGCUCCACCUACUUCGAGAGGUGUCUGAAAUAGCUCCGCCAAUGCCCGCAGGAAGCAACCGAGAACAUUUUCGGAGGUCCCAGCCGCGCCCCUUUCUCCUCACAUUUUUCUUUUCCAUGACUCAGUGCUUAUCAUUCAUGCCCAGCAGGACUCGGGGUUGUGCAGGGGUGUGGAAGGGGGCGGGGGUGGGGGCAGGGCUCGUGAAUGUUGACGGCAUCACAAAACGCUUUGGCUUUUCAUUUGGCAGGAGGUUAUGCCCCCUCCCGCCGCAAACUCCAAACAGCGCCUCCCCCCCGCAGGGGGCGAAUGUCAGGUGAGGGGCGAAAGAAAGGAGCCGGACCAGUUUUGAGUUUGCUGUGGGGGUGGGGCUACGACAGGGUGGGCUGAGACAGAAAAAAAAACUGAAAAAGUGGGGCUUGUGGGUUGACAUGUACAUGAAGACUGCAAUGAUUGACGUGAAUAAAUUACUAACUUGAA